AUUUUAUUUAAAGUUCUGAGUUUCUGACUGCAGGUAUUGAAAAUGCUCCGCCGCUACGCUAUCCACAAUCUCCGCCGUAACCGUUUCUUUUACUCCACCGUAACCGCCAUGGUGCCCCACCCCAAGGACGAUGAGUAUCUGAACGCCGCCAUUCCGAAGCGUAUCAAGAUGUUCGAGUCCAUCCAGGCCGAGCAGAAAACCCAGCGCCUCUCACUGUCGCCGGAUCCAAUCAAGGUCACACUUCCCGACGGCACGGUCAAGGACGCCGCCAAGUGGCAAACGACGCCUUUCGAUGUGGCGAAAGAGAUUUCGAAGAACCUCGCCAACAACGCACUCAUCGCGAGGGUCAAUGGCGUGCUAUGGGACAUGGCCAGGCCUCUCGAGCAGGAUUGCGAACUCAGGAUCUACAAGUUCGAAGACGACGAAGGCCGCGACACUUUCUGGCACUCUAGUGCUCACAUUCUUGGCCAGUCGCUUGAGAUGGGGUACGGAUGCAUGCUUUGCAUUGGGCCUUGUACUACAAGAGGAGAGGGUUUUUAUUAUGAUGGGUUUUAUGGUGACUUGGGAUUGAAUGAUGAUCAUUGCAAGCAAAUUGAGGCUGGGGCGUUGAAGGCAGCUGGGGAGAAACAACCUUUUGAGCGCAUUGAAGUAACACGUGAUCAAGCACUUGAGAUGUUUUCAGAUAAUGAGUUCAAGGUUGAAAUUAUCAAUGAUUUGCCUGCGGAUAAAACCAUCACAGUAUACAGAUGUGGUCCACUAGUAGAUCUGUGUCGUGGACCACAUAUACCCAAUACUUCCUUUGUUAAGGCAAUUGCCUGUUUGAAGGCUUCUUCAGCAUAUUGGAGGGGGAACAAAGCUCGGGCUAUUUUACAAAGAGUUUAUGGCAUAUCUUAUCCUGAUCAGAAGAGUUUAAAGGAAUAUUUGCUUAAGUUGGAGGAGGCUAAAAAGUAUGAUCACAGGAUUUUGGGAGUGAAACAGGAGCGUUUUUUUCGUCAUGAAUCGAGCCCAGGAAGUAGGUUUUUCCUUCCACAUGUUGCACGGGUAUACAACAAAUUGAUGGAUUUCAUACGGAGUCAAUACAGAGUCAGGGGCUAUGAAGAGGUCAUAUCUCCAAAUGUAUUUAACAUGGAUCUCUGGGUGCAAUCUGGUCAUGCUGCAAAUUAUAAAGAGAACAUGUUUAUCUUGGAGAUUGAAAAGCAGGAAUUUGGGCUGAAACCAAUGAAUUGCCCAGGGCCCUGCUUGGUCUUCAAGCAUAGAGCUCGCGGUGCUUUGAGUGGAUUGACGCGUGUUAGGAGAUUUCGGCAGGAUGAUGCACAUAUUUUUUGCAGGGAGUCUCAGAUAAAGGAUGAAGUUAGAGAAGCCUUGAAGUUCAUCGAUUAUGUCUAUGAAAUAUUUGGUUUCACAUACGAUCUCAAGCUUUCAACGAGGCCAGAGAAUUCCUUAGGAGAAACAGCAACAUGGGAGAAAGCUGAAAGUGCCCUUAAGGAAGCUCUGGAUGAAUUUGGGAAGCCUUGGCAGCUGAAUGAAGGGGAUGGUGCAUUCUAUGGACCAAAGAUUGAUAUCAAUGUAUCUGAUUCAUUGAGUAGGAAAUUUCAGUGUGCAACUUUGCAGCUUGAUUUCCAACUACCUAAUUUUUUUAAGUUGGAAUACUUGGCUGAGGAUGAAGCCAAGAUUGAGAGGCCUGUUGUCAUGAUACACAGGGCCAUUCUAGGAUCUGUUGAGCGCAUGUUUGCCAUACUUUUAAUGCACUACAUGGGUAAAUGGCCCUUCUGGCUAAGUCCUUGUCAAGCAAUUGUUUGCCCUGUGUCGAAGAAAUCACAAGCUUAUGCAGAGAAGGUGAAAGAUGAAAUCUACAGCAAAGGGUUUCAUGUUGAUGCUGAUUUAACAGAUAGGAAGAUUGGAAAGAAGGUGCGAGAGGCUCAGCUAGCACAGUACAACUACAUCUUGGUUGUUGGAGAGCAGGAAGCAGAAACUGGACAGGUGAGCGUGCGGAUAAGAGAUAAGGCGGACCUUACCACUAUGAGUAUCGAGGGCCUGCUCGAACGGUUCAGUGAAGAUGCAAAAAUUUCGUUGAGCUACCUUUUGUAAAGAACUAAAGACAGA